AUGGAACACCAGUGGAUUCAGAACCGGAUGGGACACCAAGUAGAUUCGCGACCAGAUGGAACACCAGUGGAUUCAGAUGGAACCUCCAGUAGAUUUGGCACCAGAUGGAUCACCAGUAGAUUCAGCACCAGAUGUAACACCAGUAGAUUCAGAUGGAGCGCCCGUAGAUUCAGCACCAGAUGGAACACCAGUGGAUUCAGAACCGGAUGGGACACCAGUAGAUUCAGCGCCAGAUGGAACACCAGUGGAUUCAGAUGGAGCGCCAGUAGAUUCAGAUGGAACACCAGUAGAUUCAGCACCAGAUGGGACACCAGUGGAUUCAGCACCAGAUGGGACACCAGUGGAUUCAGAACCGGAUGGGACACCAGUAGAUUCAGCGCCAGAUGGAACACCAGUGGAUUCAGAGCCAGAUGGGAUACCAGUGGAUUCAGAACCGGAUGGGAUACCAGUAGAUUCAGAUGGAGCGCCAGUAGAUUCAGAACCAGAUGGAACACCAGUGGAUUCAGAACCAGAUGGAAUACCAGUAGAUUCAGCACCAGAUGGAAUACAUGUAGAUUCAGAUGGAACACCAGUGGAUUCAGCGCCAGAUGGAACACCAGUGGAUUCAGAUGGAGCGCCUGUAGAUUCAGCGCCAGAUGGAACACCAGUAGAUUCAGAUGCAGCGCCAGUAGAUUCAGCGUCAGAUGCAACACCAGUAGAUUCAGAACCAGAUGGGACACCAGUAGAUUCAGCUCCAGAUGGAACAGCAGUAGAUUCAGAUGGAACACCAGUAGAUUCAGCACCAGAUGGAACACCAGUAGAUUCAGAUGCAAAGCAGUAGAUUCGGAUCCAGAUGGCAACACCAGUAGAUUCAGAUGCAGCUGCAAUAGAUUCAGGAUCAGAUGGGAACAUCAGUGA